AUGAAGCUUUUUGCAAUCAUUGCCCUUGCGUCUCUCGCACCCACAGCGUUGGGUUUAGCCGUUCCAGACAGUUUUGGCGCUGAGCUGGUCGAUAGGCAGGUGCAAACACGCCGUCCGCCAGUCGCUAGGCAGGUGCAAACGCGCCGUCCGCCAGUCGCUAGACAGGUGCAAACACGCCGUCCGCCAGGAGAGCUGGUCGCUGGAGAAGAGCUGGUCGCUAGACAGACACCAGGGCGACCUACGACGUCACCAGGAGGGCCGGGACCAACGCCGCCACCACGAACAACUCAAACACGGCCGCCCGUAACAACCCAAACACGGCCGCCAGUAACGACUCAAACACGGCCGCCAGGAACGCUUCUAACGCGGACGCGAUAAGUAGUCGCUGGGUAGUAGCAAAUCUAAGGAG